CAAGUCGCCGCUAUUUGGCGCCGGCUUGCUUGAUGGUUUGCCUUUCGCUUUCGUUCGAUGCGACAUGGAGGAGGAAGACGAGCCUUCUUCUCGACUCAAACCCCUUCGACGCCCGCCUCUGAGCUUGGCGACCUUCUCUUAGCCGCCGCCCUCUCCAAAUCCUUCUCCCGAUCGCCCCCUGCCGCUCCGGCCCUCGACGGGCCCUUGCACGAAGCCGCCGCCCUCCACGUCCUCCGCCGUCCCUCCCUUCCUGCCGCCUCGAAGCUCUCCUUCUUCCGCUGGGCCACCUCCUCCGGCGGCUAUUCUCCCUCCCCCGCCGCAUUUUCCGCUCUUCUCCGCUCCCUCACCCGCUCCCGACCCCCCCUCCUCGACCCGCUCCGCCCCCUCCUCCGCCAGGCCCUCUCCUCCUCCCCGGCCGCCGUCGACCCCCCCACCUUUCGAUCCGUUCUCGACGCAUUCAUCCGCUCCGGCCGCUUCGACUCCGCCAUCGCCGCCCUCGAUGACGCCGAGGAGCUUGCCGGCUCCCGCGCCGCGGCGGGGCUUCUCACCCCUCGGACCUACACCUCCAUCGUCCUCGCCCUCCUCCAGAAGUCGCAGCUCCCCCUCGCCCUCGUCCUGCUCCGUAAGCUUCUCCGUGCCUCCGCCCUCCCUGACACCCUCGCCUGCAACCAAUUGCUCGCCGCUCUCAGGAAGGCCGACAGGAGGGAUGAGUUCCGCUCGCUGUUUGAUGAAUUGUCCCAAAAGGGCUUUCUUUUCGAUACCUGGACCUACAACAUUUGUAUUCAUGCGUUUGGAUCUUGGGGCCAGUUGGGUGUUGCUCUUAGCCUCUUCAAGGAGAUGAAGUCGAAGGGACCCCGAGUUGUUCCCGAUCUCUGUACCUACAAUUCAGUCGUCGGAGCCCUCUGCGUCGCCGGGAAGAUUGCCGACGCAUUGAUCGUCUACAAGGAGAUCAAGGAAUCUGGGCUGGAGCCGGAUAAGUUCAUGUACCACACACUGAUCUAUGGUUGCUGCAAAGCCUUCCGUGUCGACGAAGCUGUUCGAGUUUUCAACGAAAUGGAGUACAACAAUGUGCGCGCCGAUACCGUCGUCUACAAUACUCUGCUCGAUGGGCUUAUGAAGGUCCGGAAGCUGGACAAAGCCUGCCAGCUAUUUGAGAGAAUGGUCUCUGACGGCAUCCGGGCCUCAUGCUGCUCGUACAACAUCUUGAUCGAUGGAUUGUUCAAGAACGGAAGGCAAGCUGCAGGUUUCGUUUUGUUUACAGAAUUGAAGAAGAAAGGCCAGUUUGUGGACGCCAUCACCUACAGCAUCGUCGUGCAGCAUUUGUGCAAGGAGGGCCGGGUGGUGGAGGCGCUCGAGCUGGUGAAGGAGACGGAAGAAAGAGGGUUGGCGGUCGAUCUCGUCACAAUUACAUCUGUACUCAUCGGGCUGCACAAAAGCGGGAGAUGGGACUCGUCAGAACAGCUCCUGAAGUACGUCAGGGACACCGCCAUGUUGCCGAACGUGCUCCGAUGGAAGGCGAACAUGGACUCCCUGAUGAAAGCCCCCCAGGACAAGGGGAAGGACUACACCGCAAUGUUCCCGUCGGCUGGCAGCCUGAGCGAUAUCAUGAGUUGGAUCAACCCAACACCGAGCACAGACACUGCUGAUGCUAAUUCGGAAGCCGAAUCAAAAGACGAGUGGUCUUUGACACCAUACUUGGAUAAGCUAGCAGACAAAUGCGAUUCUUUUGGCACCAAUUCCCGACCGCUGACCGACUUCAGAGGCCUCCGAGUGCAGGAGAAGAGGGGUGGAUCCUUCGAUAUCGACAUGGUUAACACAUACCUAUCGAUAUUUCUGGCGAAAGGGAAGCUAAGUUUAGCCUGUAAGCUGUUCGAGAUAUUUACAACACUGGGCAGGGAACCCAUGAGUUACACCUACAACUCCCUGUUGAGUUCCUUCGUCAAGAAGGGGUAUUUGGCGGACGCAUGGGGGAUUCUUGAGGAUAUGGGAGACAAAAACUGUCCCGCCGACAUCGCAACCUACAACCUGAUCGUCCAGGGGUUGGGGAAGAUGGGGAAAGCAGAGCUCGCGUGCGCAGUUCUCGAUCAGCUGUCGAGCAAGGGCGGAUACCUCGACAUCGUGAUGUACAACACUUUGAUCCACGCACUGGGAAGGGCCGGGAGACUGGAUGAAUCAAACAAGCUGUUCGAGCAAAUGGUCGGGAGCGGCAUUAAUCCGGACGUUGUGACGUUUAAUACGUUGAUCGAGGUGCACGCCAAGGCAGGGAAGGUGAAGGAAGCCUACAUGUUCUUGAGGAAGAUGCUGGCGGCGGGGUGCUCCCCGAACCAUGUCACGGACACAACCUUGGAUUUCCUGGAGAUGGAGAUCGAGAGGUUGAGGUAUCAGAAGGCAUCAAUCAAGCGCGACCGUGAGGAGGUUGACAGUGAAUGAGAAGAUCUUGUGUUGGUCUUUUAACAGAAAAUUAGAAAUUAUGUUUUUUGUUA